GCGUCAUACGUAUCACGUAAGGACACGUCCCAAACAGGGAUAUAUCAAUAUAUAUUCAACCCCUAAAUUCUUUUAGUUAGUUAGUCUACCGCUACCAGCAGUAAAACGGCUUCUCCUACCUUUUUGCUACCAAGAUUGGUGCAAGCGUAAACCAAAACUUCAGGAUGUUUUUCGCUGGGUGUCCCGUACUGCUGGCCUUAGCGCUCCUAGUCAGUCCACUCCAGGGCUGUAGUGAAGCCAACUGGCAGAUCAGUUUUGAUAAAGAAGGCUAUUCAACUUGCAAUAGCAAGAAUGAUUACAUAAACGGUCUUUACCGGAACAACAACGCGGGGGGCAAUGAUGGCAUUCACCUCAUUGAAAAAGCUCGUUGCUGCCCUAUACCAUACCCUUUUUGGUACCAGCCAACCGACUGCGUUAUUGCAGACUGGGUUCACAGUCUUGAUAACAACUAUCGCUGGAGUACAUGUCCAGGCGGUCACUUCUUGCAGGGUCUUUACCGAAGUGGUGAUAAAUGGCUGCAUAACAUCGAGUACGGCAAGUGCUGCAAACCCGCCAACCAUCCGCACUGGUGGGGGCACUGCUACAACCAGGAUGUGGGAAGAAGCUUCGACAAUGUGGGGACUAGCAAAUGCAAUGAUGGCUACUUCAUGACGGGCGUAUAUCGGGGCAGCUGCAAUAAGCUUUAUUGCAUUGAAUCGUUCAAAUGCUGUAAAAUGGUUAAUAGCCCACCAGCCUUGACAUCACUAUCAGAGGUCAAGACGCGUGUAAUGGACACAGCAAUGAAUCCUCUUGCUCGGCUUGCUAACUACCUCGGCUACGGAUGGUGCGCUAGCUGCCGCGCCCAGUGGGUGGGAGAGGACUUUAGACGAAACGGAGACAGCUGGGAGGCGGACAAGAAAGGACCGUGCAACGGCUACAAGGGCCACCAUCGUCUCAAGAUGCACUUUGGCAAUUUCAAAUUUGGAAUCAAGAGAAUCAAAUACGGCAAUCUAGUGAUUCAGUCAAUGAAGCCCGAGGUGUACUACUCUGGUACCGUCAGAAACAAUGACCCUACGCCCCUUAUACACAAAGUGGAGCGUGAAGUCCGUGACGUACGCACUGUCACUCACACUACCACUAGCUCGUGGAAAGCAUCGCACGAGCUUGGUGUUGAAAUCAGCUAUACCCCCCCAGGAGCCACCGGUGGAUUUGGUGGUAAGGUCUCGUAUAAAUUCAACUACGAGUCCUCAUCAACGACCACCGAUACUAACACAAACACGCAGUGGUUCAUCGACAAAGUGAUGUCUGAAAAGACACUGGCUCCUUACACGGCGGCCGAGUACCGCAUAAUGUUGACCAGGACAAGGAUCACUGUGCCGUACACCGCCACCAUCAUCGCACACUUCUCCGCAGAGCUGGACGGAUUCCUGAGGUGGGGAGGAGGAUACAACGGGGACUCUACCAACUACCACUAUCAGCACCGCGGCAGUAAAAGAAGAUCAACCGUUAAGUACCGAUUUGGUGACGCAUCAACUCCAUUGUACCAGGACCUGAAGGAUAAGAGUAGCCGCAACAUACGUCCAUGGCAAUGGCACGACAUGACCUCCCGGUACCAGUACGCACAAAGCCUGAUCAACCAGUUAGCCGACGAGCGGUUGUACGAGUUCACCCUGACCGGUCAGUUUGAGGACGUGGUCGGCCAAGACGCCUCUGUUCUGUGGAAGACAGUCUCUCUCAAUGGCAAACGAAGGGUGGAGGAGGUUUUUCCUACUGACAACACAGAGGACCCACCAAGAGUCUUCCCCAAGCCCCCCACGGUCGUUCUGACUCCUGGAAAACGUCCUGAGAUUCCAGAGGACGUGAAGGGGUCUAAAACGGCAUAAUUUACGUCUAAAGAUGAAUUGCUGCAUUGCCCUAAUUAGUAUGCAGCAUCGUUUUUUAUGCUAUACAUGAGAUAUGAAUAAAAAUGAACAUUGGAA